GUUGGCUCAGUUGUAUCCGAGAAGUCUACUGCAGCACAACACGCCACAGAGAGCCAACCCAGACUGGAGUGCAAAAUAUAUAUAUAUUACACUUAACGCGACGGAGGCAAAAUAAGGAAAAAACAGAAUAUAUUCAAUACACACAACACGUUUGGGGAGUGAUCGUUUACCGCCAACCACGGAGUGUACAAAAUAAAUAUCAGAAGUUAAUUGAAGUUUCCCAUUUGAGCGGCAGCAUACGGGUACACAACAAUCAAGCGGCAGCAAAAUAAAUAACUGGUUUAAUUUCUGCUCUGCUUACUAUUUUUUGCGCGUUUUGAGAGGAGAAAUACUUAAAAGCGAACCAGGCAACCGCCGAGGGACGUAGAUUAAUAUAAAAGUUGAUUUAAGCGUUUUUGUGUUUUAGUGCAAUUUUUUUCCACUGUUGUGUGCAACGCAAAAAAAACGCGUCUCGCGGUUUAAAUAGUUCCAACGAUUGAUUUGCGAUCUCGAGACAAGAACCCGUAAGAAUUGAUAGAAAGUGUAUCCGGAGCAGAUAUCCGUUGGGAAACAAGAAGGAUCGUAAAGUAUCCGAUUUAUUCGAAUCGUGCCAGGAAAAAAUAAGUUUCCAUCGGGAAGUUGAAAGCGUCUUCUUUAGUAAGUAGAAACAGUGACGGAGAUACUCGAACGGAGUGGUGCACUCGGAAGGAACGGAGUAAACGGUAGCAACUAAAGACAGGAAGUCAAGUGUUAUCCCUGGUCUGGUAUUCUAAUCUUGCAGCUAAUGUACGUUUUGUUCAAAAUGAACGUAAUUAAAUAAACAAUUACUUAUGCUGGCAAAUAAAAACUGUAAUACAAAAGUGUGGAAAACGAAAUUUGUAACAAGCAAACAAAACUAAAGUGAGGUGAUAUUUUGAAAGUGGUGCUCCACAGGUAGUUAAAACUGUAUUGAAAGGUCAACGCGAUCCAGGCAACAAGCGGCAACAUCAUUUAGGGCGAAAACCCGCAACCAUCGUACUUAAUCAUAAUCGAUCCUCGUUGGAAGAUUUUUGGUGCACAAUUCGGACUACCGAUUGACUGAUUUAAAUAUGUGUUCCCGCAAUUUAGUGAUUUCGUUGGCACUAAUAAUCGCACUGGUACCUCUGGCAGCCGUAGCGUUACCUCACCACAGUGUCGCCAAACGUAGCUCCUUUUUCGACAUAGAAUGUAAAGGACAGUUCAACAAGGCCAUCUUUUACCGACUAGAUCGGAUAUGCGAAGACUGCUACUCGCUGUUCCGUGAACCUCAGAUCCUAUCCUUCUGCAAAAAGCAGUGUUUCACAACCGACUACUUCCGUGGCUGCAUAGAUGCGCUCCAGCUGACGGACGAGAUUGAAACGCUCAAACCGUACAUUAAGGUGUUAAACGGUGCCGAUCCCAACACGUUAUAAGUUCACCGGAGCCAGCAGCUUUAAGAAAAACAGAAAUAAACGGUGUCAACCGACCAAGUGAUCUUUCUUCUUCAAGAAAACUACACACGCAUCUGGUGGACUGGGAAGAAUAAUGAACAUGUGCGCAGAAGUGCUUAAAAACAACCAGUAUCAACAGUAAAAUAGUCGUUACUAGCAUUGUUAUUAGAGAUUCACCUAGAAGAGAAGUGCCAACAGUCUACACAGCAACGAAGCAUCAUUGUCAUCGUUAUCAUCAUUAUCAUCAUCUACGGAAACAUUGGGAAGCAAGCUUCUCACUCGACAACGAACAACCAGUGGCCGAUUAUUGUGCAAUCGUAUUGUUUUAAACUACUUCCUGUUCGAGAGCGUUACUGGAUUCCAAGAAACGUUGAAGAGACCGCAGCAAAACGUUCCGCCAUGAAACGCGAAGCUGGUGCCACCAAACGAUUAGAUUUUGUCUAAUUUCUGUUUUUGUUUGGUUGCUUUUUUAGUUGAGCGGAAUGCUUCGGAACUGAGUACUUCCUGGCCUGCGUGGAAGCAUUGUUUUUGGACGAGGAAAAGGAAAAUUUCAUGAAGUGGCGCGAAAUGUUGGGGAAGAAAUAAUUUUACCAUUUAUCAUCACCAUUUUCUACAGCAGCUGUAUUUAAAAAACCGAACGGAAACUGAUAUUUUAUAAAUAGCUUGUGUAAGCAAUUCAUCUUGUAAGAUUUGCUUUUCCAUGAAGAACUUUUGAGUUCCCGAUAUAAAUGAUAAUAAUAACAGAUACAUAAAGCAGUGACUGAAGCAGAACAACAGGAAAAAGCUAACGUGUACAUAAUUAACUGGUAAUGAAAUAUUUAUUUAUAAAUAAAGUUUAACUAUAUAGAAGGAACAGAUGGAGGCAGCGUUAGGGAGUGCGGUUUAUUUUUUGUUUUGUAACUAGUUACUUUUACGAGAACCAUUCAGUCUUAGUUCAAUGGUUGAAGAAAAAUAAGACAGAUGUGUACCAAUUCGAAUUGCUUGUAGUUGGGGGAAGGUAACGAUAAAAGGCAGACUUUCUGCACCAAUACAACUGUCGUUACAUUCCCCUGGCCGAAGAGAUAAGGUGUGUAUAUAAAAUCAUUUCUCCAUUCUAAACCCUCAUAAUGUUCAAAUGAUACCCUUUUUUUCAAUAAUGUUGAAAAUACAAAAAUAACCGGAGUGUAUCUUAUGUUAAUAUAUUUAUAUUUUCAAAAAAUAUAUUUCUUUAAAAUCUAGUCCAGAAAGCACACAUUUACGUUUAGUUAUUUAUGACGAAGGAAAACUAUGAAUCAACUCGAUCGAUCGAUGAUAGUGUAGACGUAGGCUUUAAUAUUUCCUUGUUUCUUAUUAGUAGCUUAGGUUUCAUACGGUUUGAGAAGUAAAGUGGAAAAGCUUUCUUUAUUUCUCGGCUCACGGUCGGGUUCCGGAAGUGCUUACGAUCGUCAUCUUCGACAUUACAGUUUCCAUUGCAUAACAGCGAAAUCAACCAUAUAUUAUACACACUUUUUUUAUCUGGCAGAUAUGGUUGAGCUAUAAAACAUUGUUGAACACAGCAUACCGGUCGAUAUUUCAACUACUAAAAACGACAGGCAGUUUCAAACGAAGUGAGUGCGUUGUAAUGCGCAACACUACUGUGUAUUGCAUAUUUUACCUAUAUAACACGCCAAUGAAAUUGUAAAUUAUUGACAUUCCUCAUUAGACAGUAUUUUCUCUCCCAAAUAGACUAAUCAUGAAAACACAAACUUUCUUUCUUUCACUUCUGAGCGACGCAUAGGAGUGGGAUCCGAAAGUUUACAAAGAAAAACAUAAAAAAACAUAUGCUGAGCGACAUCUAUAGCGAAUCCCUAAACAAUGUCAAUGAAUGAAGUUUCUAUCUUGUCAUUGUGACUGUUGUGUCAGUACACGUUGUACAGGAUGGAUACUAAUCAACAAAUGGAUACGAAAGUAUGAUCAAAGAUCUCGCUUUAUAGCAAUCUAUUGCUUCUUGGCUAUUUCUAUUACUUGCGAUUACUAUCAAAGCUUUGGUUCGAUCGAAAGACAGACAGUGAAAUUGAAUGAGGAUCAUGUUAGUUCCUUUUUGAUUAAUUUUGCUGCUUAUCUCCUCUGCUCUUGAUAGGCUUACGACAUUUACGUCUUUGAAUCGAUACAGCAAGUUCAGAGUUCGAGUGAAGCACUCGAAUGGAAACAAUCAUUGUUAAUCAUACCAUCUCGUUUUGAAGAAUGACCGUCCCAGCACUUGUUGAAGAUUAGACGAGAAGAGAGAACCGAUGGUUUUUUUUAUCGUUAAGGAUUAUUUGUAGCUUUUCAUUGUUUGCCAUUUUUUAUAAUGUUUAUUUUGUACAUGUAGAAAGUUUUCCUUCAGAAGAUAUGUGAGUUGAUCUAUUUAUAAUGUUGCUGGGAUAAUUGCUGACCGAAGAAAUGAAAACAAGCGUAUUUUUGUAAACGUAUUGAGAACAAAAUGAUAUUAUUCAUAUAUUUUAACGAAAGUACGGGGAAACAAUAAAAGAAUAUCAAUGA